AUGCAACUCAAAGGAACGAUCCCAACAGAGGUUGGACUGCUGACAAAACUAACAAGUUUAGAUUUUGAAGUAGUUGAAUUCUCUGGCACAGUGCCAACCGAGCUCGGAUUACUGCAGAGUCUAGAGCAGCUUGUGAUUUCAUCAAUUUCUGGCUCUCUGCCUUCGGAGCUUGGAAAACUAGGCAAUUUAACAAGCUUCAAAGUGGUCAACACAGACCUAACAGGAUCCCUCCCUGUUGAAUUCUUUCGAAUGCAUCAGCUAACACAGAUAGUUGUGAGUGGCAGCCCUGGACUAAUCUCUGACUCUCUUCUUCCAGAGUUCAUUGGGAAUAUGCCAAGACUACAAUUCUUAGUACUCAACCAAAGGAAAUCUGGUGAUGAGAUGCCAUUGCCUUCUGAAAUUGGCAUGCUAUCAGAGCUAGCCAACCUGCAUUUGGUUGACUGGAAAAUAGAUGGCACUGUUCCUAAAGAGAUUGGGCACUUAACAAACCUGGAUUUUCUGUCCCUCAGGGAAAACUCGAUAGCAGGAACUUUGGCUCCGGAACUGUUUGAGUUGACAAAUUUGAUUGGCCUAGACAUCCAUGCCAAUCAAAUGGAAGGAUCACUCCCCUCUAUGCUCUUUUCCAAGUUGACAAACUUGCAUUACUUGCGAAUCAAUAACAAUCAGUUUUCUGGAUCGAUUCCAACCGAGGUUGGUCUUCUCUCCAAUCUCAAGAAGCUAGGACUGCAGAAUACCUGUUUGUCAGGGCCGCUACCCACCACAGAACUUCUUGCUAUGGGGAACUUGACAAGCUUGGUAGUUGCAAACACAUCAUUAUCAGGCAGCAUUCCAGAAGAAAUGUGUGGCAGAAUGAGUCAGCAGGAGCAAAGAUGGUUUGGUGGACAAAUCUAUCAAGUGAAGAGUGAAAAUCCAGUAUGCCAUGGGACUUUCCUCUGUGGUUGCAACUGUACUGGAUGCCUCUAG